UUUAUGUACGAGGACCUAUCCAAACUGAUUGUUUCAAGACGUAAUUCUGAUGAAUUUUCGCAACAGAGUGACAGCACUCCGUUAAUGCAGGCUUGUAAUUGUGGACAUGCCGAUGUUGUUAGAACUUUGAUUCAAGCUGGAGCUGAUGUUAAUGCUCUAAGUUCAACACGAGAUACUGCAUUACUUUAUGCUUGUGCUUCUGGACACCUUGAGUGUAUUAAAGAUUUAGUCAACUCUGGGUGUUGUGACUUAACUUUACGAAAUGAGGCAGGACAUGAUGCAUUAAUGGAAGCAGCAAACUUUGGAGAUGUUGAAAUAAUGAAAUUUUUGAUUGAGCAUGGUGCAAAGCCUUCAUACACGAUGGAUGGCGCUGAUUAUAAGGAGUCUGCACUAACACUAGCCGCAUAUAAAGGCCAUUGCGAAGCUGUUGAUUUUCUUCUUUCGUUGAUGCCCAAGGAAAAAAAUGCUCAGGAUGAGGAAGAGCUGCAUACUGCUUUGAUGGAAGCAGCAAUGGAUGGACAUGUGGGUGUAGCUAAAUUAUUGUUGGCUGUUGGCUCUAAAGUUAAUUUGUCUACUGAAUCCUUCGAAAAUCCUUUAACAUUGGCUUCUUGUGGUGGUCAUCUUGAAUAUGUUACACUUCUUUGUGACGCUGGUGCCAUUAUAGAAGAGGCAAAUGAUGAAGGUUUUACUCCUUUGAUGGAAGCAAGUCGCGAGGGUCAUUAUGAUGUAGUUAAAUAUUUGUUGGAUCACGGUGCAAAUGUUAAUGCCAAAACCGGAGAUGGGCUUGAGACUUCGCUUACAUUAGCUUCCUCGGGAGGAUUCUUGUAAAUCAAACUAAUAAUAUAAUAAAAAGUUUCUAAUCUUUUAGAAAUAUUGUUGAAUUACUUGUUAACCGUGGUGGCGAUUUAACACUCGGAGACCGUACGCCUCUUUAUGAAGCUUGUCAAGAAU